AUGUAUCCUACUUCCGCAGGUCCUGAGGAGAGAUCACUACCAGACCUCACCGAUGGAGACCCUGCUACCAGACCUCACCGAUGGAGACCCUGCUACCAGACCUCACCGAUGGAGACCCUGCUACCAGACCUCACCGAUGGAGACCCUGCUACCAGACCUCACCGAUGGAGGCCCUGCUACCAGACCUCACCGAUGGAGGCCCUGCUACCAGACCUCACCGAUGGAGACCCUGCUACCAGACCUCACCGAUGGAGACCCUGCUACCAGACCUCACCGAUGGAGGCCCUGCUACCAGACCUCACCGAUGGAGACCCUGCUACCAGACCUCACCGAUGGAGGCCCUGCUACCAGACCUCACCGAUGGAGGCCCUGCUACCAGACCUCACCGAUGGAGGCCCUGCUACCAGACCUCACCGAUGGAGGCCCUGCUACCAGACCUCACCGAUGGAGGCCCUGCUACCAGACCUCACCGAUGGAGGCCCUGCUACCAGACCUCACCGAUGGAGGCCCUGCUACCAGACCUCACCGAUGGAGACCCUGCUACCAGACCUCACCGAUGGAGACCCUGCUACCAGACCUCACCGAUGGAGGCCCUGCUACCAGACCUCACCGAUGGAGGCCCUGCUACCAGACCUCACCGAUGGAGGCCCUGCUACCAGACCUCACCGAUGGAGGCCCUGCUACCAGACCUCACCGAUGGAGGCCCUGCUACCAGACCUCACCGAUGGAGGCCCUGCUACCAGACCUCACCGAUGGAGACCCUGCUACCAGACCUCACCGAUGGAGACCCUGCUACCAGACCUCACCGAUGGAGGCCCUGCUACCAGACCUCACCGAUGGAGGCCCUGCUACCAGACCUCACCGAUGGAGGCCCUGCUACCAGACCUCACCGAUGGAGGCCCUGCUACCAGACCUCACCGAUGGAGACCCUGCUACCAGACCUCACCGAUAGAGGCCCAACCUCCUCCAGUCUCCCGCACACCUUUAGCAGCUGAGACUCGACCAUCAGUAAACAUGAUGCUGUUCUCGUAG